CUAAAACUAAUGUUAUCGUAAUUAUUGAACAAUACAUUGCAUUUCACUCAAUAUACUGUAUUAAAGGCAUUGAAAAGGAUUACGCAAUACUAUCCAUACUUUUGACCCGUAUUUGUAAUUUACAAUACAUUUGACAUUAAAUUGUGGUUUAAUUUGUUUAAUAUGUAGUCACCAAUUGAUACAAUUAUCAUUAAUUUCAAACCAUCUCUAAAGUGAUUAACUAAUUUGGGAUUCAUUUUAUAGAUAAGAGUCACCAAUCAGUAGUGCCUUUUGAAUGCCUUCCCCUCAAUGCUGUGCUCCAACUGACGAGUUAUUGGGAUUUCCGAUCAAACAUACCAGACAUGACUUAACACAUCUACAGACACAGAAGAGAAUCACAGAAUUAUUAAGUGGUCAUCCGACACUUAAAUCAUUUCUGGCCGGUUCUAUCAGUGGAACCGUAUCGACGGUUUUAUUUCAACCAUUUGAUUUAGUUAAGACCAGAAUCCAAAACGCCAAUUUAUUAACUGCUACCACAUCAACAUCAUCCAGUGUUGCGACAAACCGUUUAAUUCCUUUAGUAAAUCAAGUUCUUAAAGAAGAACAGCUUUUAGGUCUAUGGAGAGGAACUGUUCCGUCUUUAGUAAAAUGUGUUCCUGGAAUCGGUCUUUACUUUUGUUCACUGGAUUAUUUGAAAACACAAUUUUGUAAGAACUCUAAUGGAGUGCAAUGUCAACCGUCAGCCAUUGAAGCCGUUUCUUUUGGACUCAUCGCUCGAUCUUUUGCUGGUUUUGUAUUAAUUCCGGUUACUGUUGUUAAAACCAGAUAUGAAAGCGGCGUUUUUGCUUAUGGAAGUCUUGGACAAGCAUUGAGGCACACAUAUGUUAGCGAAGGCGCCAGAGGUUUGGUGUGUGGUUUGGUGCCAACACUUAUGAGAGACGCACCCUUUUCUGGACUCUAUUAUAUGUUUUAUUCACAACUCAAACAAGUGGUUGUCAUGUCUUCAUCAUCUUCUUCUUCCAAUAAUACUUGCAUUUCUCCGGUUCUUAACUUUACUAUUGGUUUAAACGCCGGUCUAUUGGCAUCAAUAGUGACUCAUCCAAUGGAUGUGGUUAAAACUCGUAUGCAAUUAUAUCCCCGACAAUUUUCUUCGUUGAUGUCAACACUUAUGUUAAUAAUGCACGAAAGGGGUGUUAAAGGUUACUUCAGUGGACUUUUGCCGCGAAUGAUUCGGCGGACACUUGUGGCCAGUAUGACGUGGACUGUAUACGAACAGCUCAUGAAAAAUAUUGGACUCAACUAAAAUAACAUAUAUUUUAGCCAUAUUUUGCAUUAUUUUUACAUUAAUUUAUAAGAUCUCAAAACAUAAAAAUCAUUAAUUCAAUUAAAUUACAUAUUUUUGAUCAUUUAAUUCAUGCAAUCAUUGUUAAAAACAUUAC